AUGGAUUGCUUAAUUUGCCGUUGCCCAGUUUAUGAUACCAGGGUUUCUGUUUUUACUCGACCGGCAUACCUGGUAGCUCAUCUUUCCUUAGUUAGAUAUCCACCAAAAGUCCUCAUUUCGUCAAAAUUUUCAUGGCGUAUAUUAUGUGACGCCACACCCACAAAGCAGUCACAGAUAAACCCACAAAUAGAAGAAUCGAGACAGCGCCGCCAUAAUGCCAUGAAACAAUUCUUACUCAAGGAAUGCUGUUUUUCUUCCUCUCAAAUCGAAUUACUGAUAAGCAAAAACCCCAGCCUCUUCGGAAGAAGAUCCACAGACAGGGCCUAUCAGGUACUUCAGUUUCUCAGAGACUCUGGAUUCACUGUAGAGCAGAUAAGGAAAACUAUUAUCGGAAACCCAUGUGUUCUUAGUUGUUCUGUUGAUGACAAAUUGAAGCCUAAAAUUGAAUACUUGAAAACAAUAGGGAUAGCUGAAGAAGAUGUGAAUUAUAUCGUCUGUCACCAUCCCAGAAUUCUUACUGGCAGAUUAGAUGAAACUAUUGCUCCGAAAAUCUUAUCACUGAUCAAGUUUUUCGGGUCAAAGGCUAAUCUAUUUAAGGUCCUCAGGAAGGCACCUGAGAUUGCGUCCUAUGAUGUUAAAGUAUUGAAUAAUAAAUUGAAGGUUUUGGAAAACAUGGGCCUCCUAGAGCAUGAGAUCAAACGAAUUCUUGAAAGGAACCCUCGAAUCCUUUGCUGCUCUGUAGGUAAGAUAGAGAAGAAUAUGGAGUUCUUGACAUGUAUUGUAGGGCUGAAACCAAAUAUUGUUGCUAAAUAUCCCACCUUCUCAAACUUUAGUGUUGAGAAGAGGAUGAGGCCACGAUAUGAGGUGUGCAAGUAUCUAAAUGCAUUGCGAGCUCGCCAUGACCUUACAGCCGGUCUAAAUACAAUUCUGUCAUUAAGUGAGGGGAUUUCACUCAAAGGUUUCUAUCCGGCAGUCCUGAUGUCAAAAUUGUAUAUGAAAAAUACAAGGGCAAGACUACGGAUGUUGAAGUAACCAACUCACCAAAGGUAAUUUGGAAUUGAACGGUGAUUUCAAGUGCAUCAGGUAGCGUUUUUAAGGUAUGUUUUAUUGAUGUUAUUGAGGGGUUUGCUUCUAUCCACUAAAUCUAAACUUUCUUGCAGUCUAUUUUUUCCCUUCAAAUUUUAUUAGUGAAGAAACCUGAAUUUAAACAGGACAUUUGUGAAAUGUAUGGUCAUGUAUUAAAUCUAUGUAUUAUAAACGAUUUUUUA